GAGGGUACAGCUGGCCAUGCGAGCGGCGAGGUUCAGGCGUCAGUACCAGCAAGGCAGCGUGAAGGGAAGGGUACAGUGUGGUCCGUGCUCCGUGACUCUUCAAUACGACGCUAUGGGAAUGAAGCUCACCUGUGCUCUCCUGCUCCUCUGCUCUCUAGCAGGCAGAGGCGCGGGGCAGGACGUGUACCAGUUAGGGGAGCACCUGCAGCACUUCACCAAAGCCAGACACCCCUUGGAGGUUGGCUCAAGGGAGGAGGCAAGAAGCUACAUCAAGGAUCGGUUUAGGAAAUACGGUCUUGAGGUGUCCAGCCACUAUUUCAACACCUCUAUGCAUAUCAAUGGAUACUUGGAAACGAUUGUCGGUGAAAACGUGGUGGGAGUGGCUGAGGGACAGAAGGAACCCAUACUGCUGGUGGGGGCAGACUACGACACGACCAUGCAGCACAACCCUCUGGAGAACAACGGGGCGGGCGUGGCGGCGAUGCUGGAGGUGGCUCGGAACUACAUGAAGGAAACACAGCCAGGGGGACACUUCAUUAGAAACCGUACUAUUGUUUUCGUCGCUUUUGAUCUGAACACCAGGGAAUAUCGGAGUGAUAGCAGCGCGGGUCGGCCUGGCUCCUACUACUUCGUGCACCAGUGGCUGUGGCCGCGUCUCGACCUACUAAGCUUCGGCGGUGCUAUCAUCCUCGACUCCAUCAGUAGAUUUAGUAUGGAACCGAAGACUCAGCAUCUUCCAUAUGGCUUCAGUCAGACCUUCCCCGAGGCUUACAAGAAGAUCAUUGAGGACGAUUUGAAGGGGAACUUUCUGGCACUCGUUACUCGAGGCACAUCUCAGAGUCGACGCCUCGCCCAAACCUUUAUGGAUAACUACUCAAAGCAUCGGAAGGCGGGGUUGGUACGUGUGCAGGAGAUGGUACUGGAGACUUCAGCUCCCAUCAACAACAACGUACUGGAAAUGAUCAACCAUCAAGCUCACUACCACUUCUGGGCCUUCCAACCCUCAGACAAGCCCACUGCCCUGCCAGCCCUCCUCAUCACUGACACAGAUGUGUACCGCCGAUCCUCUGAGGUUUGUCCACACCCCUGCACCAGCGAGGCCUUCUUGACACGUAGGAGACAGCAAGCCAUCUCCCUUACCUGCGAAGGGCUCAUUCACACCCUCCUCGAACUGCAGGCAGAGAGGAGGCCAGGAACCACUGAGGGAUCAAAUGGUUCGUCUUCUUUAGUGAGUGUGACAGCGACGUGGGUAAUGAUUGUGAUGGCUGCACUGCUCUACUAAUCACACACACACACACACACACAGGACCAUUCGUAGCUUUAAAAAUAAAUAGGUUAAAUUGACUUAAAAAAAACUUACAUUACAAACUUAACUCAGUCCUGUAAAGAAUAGAAUUAGGUAAGAACAAAACACACACACACACACACACACACACACACACACACACACACACACACACACACACACACACACACACAUUAUUUCAGAAAGAUCAUCCCACUAAGUACUUACAUCCCUUCAAUCCAUAAAAUAAUGCUGUCUGUUUUUUACAACUUGAGGAACACACCAAGAAUUUCAUGUAGUAUUAAGAAGAAAAAUGUAUGUCCUUUUAAUGACUGUCUGUGUGGUGAUAAGAAAGGUGUGUACAGAUCUUUAUCCCCUUCAGUAGUGGGACGCAUUUUUUAGCAUGAGUUUUGGAUAUGACUUAACGAUUUCAUUUACAUUAGCAAGGGUCUAUGAAGGUCGGAUGAUCAAUGGCCUGAGUUUUCACAGUAUUAAUCCUAACAUAAGUAUCUGUAGCUGCAUAAAAUCGCAAAAUGGUAAGUAGAAUAAAUACUAUGAAAACGUAUCAUAGCACUGAAGGGGUUACGGGUGUAUUUGGGUGUAUUUCAGGUAUAUUUGCUUGUGAUUGAUGGAGAGGCCUUCAAAUUAUUGUAUGAGUGAUGAAUGUGUAGUUUUGUAGAGUUAGUGUGUACGUGUGUGUGUGUGUUGUGUGUGUAUUGGGGGCAUAUCAUCAUUAUGUAACUAUGUAUGAUGAAUGUAUGGUUAUGUACGUAUAUGUUUUGCAGGCGUAUAAUUUUGUAACUGCCUGUAUGAAUAAGUGUAACUGAUGCAUAAUUGAAUAGCAGCACUGAUAGGAAAUGUGUAAACCCGGUGACAAGUGGUGUAUACAUAAAUCAACUGAAUUUUAGAAGCUUUAGCAUGUGUAAUGACUGCAAUGCGUUCUGUAGGAUAUCCAAACGCUUCUUUCUCCCCCUCUGUUUUCCUCCAAGAACCUCUACCAGUAUUACGAGUAUAUGGACCAGUUACCGUGGCCAGUUAACCCUAAGCCCUUGUAAGUCAUUGCGCCUUUGUAAUAGUGUAGUGGAAGCUGUAGUGGUAGUUAAUGGAAGAGAAAUAGUAAUAGUAGUAGUAGUAGUAGUAGUAAUGAACUGAAAAUAUCCUAACCAUGGCCAGUAGUAUCUUAAGCUCUUGUGUGUGUGUCAGUGCCUUUGUGAUGGUGUACGCAGAUGGUGAUGAAGCAGUUAUUGGUAGUUCUUGGUAGUUAAUGGUAGUGGGUUAGUAGUACUGGUAGUUACUGUAUGUUUCAGACUGUGAAUUCAGAAUUGUAACUGUGCCAUUACCUGAUUUGAAUUAAAAAAAGAAAAAAAAAAAGAACCGGUGUUAGAUACAUUGGAGACAGGAGGAAGAAAUGAUACAGUGAUACAUGAAAUAAAUAAAUAUAUAUG